AGAUAUUACAGAACAUAUCAAGCAACAGCCUCAUGGCAUUUUUAUAUAUUAUGCAGAAUCAAUUUUAAGGUUAUAAUAUUUCGUUAUUUGUGAAGAAAACGUGCACGCGGCUUAUAAUAAGUUUUUAGUUGUUAUUCUGGUUGUUUAUUAAAAAUGGAUAGUUUUCAGUAUUCUUGCUAUUUAUGUAAAAUUCCAGUUCUACUCAUUGUAUAAUUGUAAAUUAGCUUAUCAAUUUAUUUUGUUUUGUGAUUUUUGAAUCAAGACUUUAUGAUUUUCUGCACUUGACAUUGUAAAGUUGAUUAUGUUAUUGCAAAUUAGCUAAAAAUGGGCGAGACUCACUUAUUCUCAAACUGUGGACAUUAUCUGGCCCAUUUAAGUCUUAAUGGAUCCAUUCGUAUUUGGGAAACAGAAACUAAUGUUUUGAAACAAGAAUUUACCCCUAGUUUAUCAUCAACACCAAGUCCUAUGGUAUGGGUAUCGAUUCAAACAGAUACACCAGAAUGGAAAAAGGCGAAAAAAUCUGUCAAGGAACAACCAAGGUCGCUUCUUGUUCUUAUUCCUCCAACCAGUAUCGUCUACUACAGCGUUGACAACGGAAAAGUACUCUACACCUCGUCCAAAGAACACCUCAAAUCAAAAGCGCUAGCUGUAAAUGCUAAACCUGGUACGGAUUUGUAUUAUGCCACAGCCAAUGGUGAUAUUGUAAGAUGGGACAUUUCGAAAAAGCGACCAAUAAGCAAAUGGAAGAGUGGUCAAGGCAUUUCAUACUUGGUCAUAUCGAAGGACAACAAAAUACUCGCCACCAACAAACAUACUGAAAUAAUAUGUUGGAAUGUGGAAACAAAAGAGAUGAUGCAUUCGUUCAAAAGCCACAAAUCCAACAUUGUUAUGAUGGACAUGGUCUUCUUACCUUCUGGAGGUCAAUAUCUGUUUAGUGCAGCUAGAGACGAACGUUAUAUCAAUGUGUGGAAUUUGAGCGAUGGCAGCUCAAAGCCGAUUUCUGUGUUGAGAGGAACUGAUAAUUCACUUUCAAUAUCUUGCAAUUCCGAUGCAAGUGGAAACGCAAAAAUAGCAACAGUUACACGAAGUGGAUGUGUGCAUGUUUUUAAUUACCAUUGUAACGGUCCAAUGUCUGCUCCAUUGAAACCAACCUAUUCUAUUUUGGUAUCCUCGAAUAAGGAACAGGAAAAGAGCACUGAUUCAGGUCUUAUACCUGUUACUGCAGUACGAAUGCAACAAUCAAAGUUGAAAAUUUGUUACGGGUUUUCAACAUUCAUCUGUUUUGAGUCGUUGGCUAUAGACACUAUUGAUUCAGAUACAUUCCUUGUCAGGCAAGAUCCAAGAAUUACCAUCCGUAAAAGCGAAGAACAAAAAUUCAAUAAGGUAAGAAAUGUGGCAGUGGAAGAAAACGCAGAGUUUAUCAAUCCAGCUGUAAUUCAUAGAUCGUCGAAAAGGGAUUGGGAAGAAAUGCAUGACGAUAACCACAUACCUCUAGAGUCGUUGAUUGAUGGCAUGAAUAUUUCUUCGAAAACAAAGGCCGCUGGAGAUUCGAUGACAUUGAUGCUUGUUCAGGGUCUCAACAGCAAGGAUAAAAAAAUACUCACAAACAUACUUAGAGAAAGUAAUAAAGAUAAAAUAUUGCAUACAGUUGAGAGGCUACCGCUACAAGCAGUUAUGCCACUUGUAACCUUUCUAACCUCUCUCAUACAAAGUCCGACGUGGAUGAGUCAAAUAGCAGCAGAAUGGCUGCAGACGGUAGUGAGAGUGCACGCCAGUCAGUUCAUUGCCGAUGACAACUUUGGUAAGGUGAUCGCGCCACUGCUGGGUCUGGUCGAGACGAGGCUGGGCUGCAUAGGGUCCCUCUGCAAACUCAGGGGCAGAUUGGAUCUGCUCUUGGAUCAGGCCAGUGUCGGCAACAAACAGCAGGCUGUCGUUGAGCCUCUCCUCUGCUAUCAAGAUCAAGAUUCUCCACAAUUGAACACGGAAAGCACAUCGGACGAUAAGGAUGAGGAUGAUGAAGAUGAGGACGAUGAGAAGAGCGAUGAGGACGAGUGGGACUGGUCUGAGAAGGACGCCAUGGAGGUAGACCAAGACAUUGAUAGUGAUGACAUUCCUGAUCACAAUGGUUUACCUGACGGCACCGAUAGCAAUUCUGAUUAAUUUGCUUGCAAUCACUAUUGUUUACAUAAAUCAUUUUAUUUUAA